UACACGGCAUUCCAGUUUAGAACACGGUGUUUUGGCGUUAGAGGAGGUCUGUGCCCGCCUAGAUUGGUCUGCACCCGAACAAGGAUUUCGGCACCUCUUCCAAGAUGCCAAAGAGGUUAAUAAAAUCAAGACCCGUAUGGUAACGAGUCUGACUGAUUACCGUGAGCUGCCUUAUCGUGAGAUGGAGAAGCUGAGACAGUUUCGCAGAGACAUGAUCAAAGCCAUCCCAUUGGUGAUUAUAUCAGUUCCUCCCUUUGCCAACUACAUUGUGUUUGUCCUUAUGUACUUCUUUCCCCGACAGCUCCUGAUUCGUCACUUCUGGACCCCAGAGCAGUUGGUUGAGUUUCAGGGGAUUUAUCACGCCCAGAGAGCGCAGCACCACUGGACUAUACUGAAAAGCUUAGAGAGGGCAGCACCACAACUGAAAGAUAGCCGUCUACAAAACUCCCUUCUGCAGCUCUGCAGGAAGGUACAGAGCGGUGCCCAUCCAGUUGUGUCGGAUGUCCACGCAGUGAGACUCCUGUUCUCUGGCCCUCCUCUGGGAAUCAGAAGUCUUCGUCCUGAUCAGCUGAGACACCUGUGCCCUCUCCUCUUCCUGACGCCCCGACUCCCUGCCUUUCUUAUUGGUUGGCGCCUGAAUAACCAUGCCUUAGAGUUGAUGCACCUGGACCGUGCUGUGCUGCGACUGGGCCUGCACCAGCUGAAUGACUCUGAGCUGAAACAGGCUUGUUAUGUGAGAGGCCUAAACUCUGACAGACUCAGUCCUGCACACUGCAAGGAAUGGCUCUCUCAGUGGCUUCAGUUCUCAAAUCACCUGAAAGAGUCUGAGACCUCGCUCUACCUGCAUAGCAUGGUCCUCCUCACAGUAAACUAUGCCAAAUCGCCACGCUGCUGAGAGGAGGACGAGCUGCAACCACCACCACCACCACCCCCAUUUCCUUCCUCCAGUGACCAUACUCAGUGAGAGAAACCCGUGGACUCACUGCCAAGCCAAUCAACAGCUUGACUUGUCACCAUUUGCAACCACACCAUCUGUAUUCAGUCUUUUUGCUGCAGAAAACUUCCUCAGAAAUAGUUUUCUUCAUUCCAGAGAACUGGUAAAACUCUACUGCCUCAGACAAUGGAGGACAUAUAGGAUGUUGGAACCGCUAUGAACAAUUUGUUGUCGGGAACUGACACUGACACUCUGUAACAACAUUUACUACAGGGAGGAAAAUGUCUGGAACCAUUCCAGCUUCCACACAGGAGAGCUACUUCACACUGCAUGUAAAAUAUUGAUACGGUGCCUGAAUGUAUUGUAAUUGAUAAUUAUAGCACUUUCUCUAUGAUUCGUCUUUCACUCAUGUGUCCUCCACCAAACAACUGAACAUUUGAAAUUUGUGGUGAUUAACAUGAAGGGCUCAGUUGGUAUGAUUGUUUUUCAUCCUAUUAUAUAUAAAUACCCUUUGGUCAUAUAAAUAUCCUGUGUUUUACACUGAUAAAAACACAGCUGUAUGAAACGGUUAGCUUUGUAGCAAAGAAACAUUCGUUUAUUUGCUGACCCAUUGCACUGAUUUACAAGCACAAAGUUUUACUAGCACAGAUUAUUGCUUUAAAGCACAUGAAAAAAGCCUCUUGUCAGAGUGAGGCCACUUCUGAAAGUGGCCCUGUAAAAGAAGAGGAAAUGAUCUCUUUGAACAUAAACACAACAUAUUCGACAGUCUGUUCGGAAUGGGCUCUUUCGUCUCAGUAAGCAAGGCCAGUGUUGCCAAAUGAAAUUAUGCCAAAUGAGAAUGUUGGAUAUCUUUACUGAGCGAACCACAUGAUAACAGGGAGUGAUGAUAUGCAGUAUCUCCCUGCUUCGUGAUUUUUAAAUAUACAUUGAGACUACUUGUAUGACUCUGUGUCAACCUGAUUAAGCAGAAUUAAUUAAAUGUUUGUUAUAUUUCAACAAAGUCCUUUGACAGUGUGUUAGUCACUCCAGGCCAGGUAUUGGUAGAUCCUGGGUUGAUGAAACGUUGCCCUAUUGGCUGUGGUGAAGUGAAGUGAUGUGAUAAUCCAGCUAUGCCAUAAUGACUCUUUUGGCAGGGUUUGUAGGCACUGACUGUCCUCAGUCCAAGACGAAAAUGCAAUCUCUUUACAAAGUACUGUUUAGUUUAGGAAAAGUCUUAAUCAGUCAGACAGUGUUUCUCUGCUCUGCAGACCCACAUCUCUGCAUAUUCAUCAGUGAAUAGUCAAGCUCCUCAUUAGCUGUGAAGUGGGUGUAUAAGAGCAGAACAUAAACAUGUGUGGGCCUUCAUUGGCCAGAUACAGAGUGUGGGAAACCAGCAUUUAAGCAUCAAAGGAGAAGUGAACGUGCAAGUGCUUUUUCUGGCACUCAAGUUCCUCUGUGUACAUGAAGUUUCUCACAGUGCCUUUUGGUUGUGUUGCUAUACAUACUGAUAUAUGCAAGCCUGUUAACUAAACCUCAUUCAGUGUGAGUGUGUUUGUUUUGUACAGAAAUUAUUGUGUUGUUAACUGCUUGUGUAUUGUUUAUUGAUGAUGUUUACCAGAAUCAAAGUCAUGGAACACAGAGAUGGAAAUGCUGGAAAAACUCUUGAACUAAGAUGUUGA